AUGGACAAUACAAACUACGUUGUUAUUCAUAACGGGACAGCAUCUACAAUUGCUGGUUUCAGCUGUAGCGAAUCUCCAAAAUGCAUGAUACCUUCUUCAUAUAUUCAGAAGGCCAACGGUGACAUCGUGUUUGGCACUUUUGAAAUGCUGGAUGAAGCUGCUAAAAAUGAGGAUAACGAUGAAGUGUUCACUAUUAUGGAUUCAAAGUUCGGUGUACCAUAUAAUUGGGAGGCCCUAGAGAAACAAUGGAGGUAUAUAUAUGAGGAACAUUUAAAGGUUUCCCCUGACCAAUUACCCUUAGCUAUUACGGUUCCAUCAAUAUUAACUAAGAAUGUUGAAUUAGAAACCAAAAUAAUCGAAGAGUAUUGUAAAAUUGCUUUUCUGAAACUUGGGAUACCAAGUUUGAGGGUGGUUAAUGAGUCACUGGCUAUUUCUUUGAGUUUAGGUAAGAAGAACUCUUUAAUUAUUGAUUUGAGUGGUAGUGGUUGUUCCGUUACACCAAUCCUGGAUGGUAUAUUGAUCAAGAAUGGUAUUUUAAAAUCCAAAUUUGGUGGCGAUUUCUUAGAUUUUGAAGUGAAUAAAAUAAUCAAUGAGAAAAUCAAAGAAAGCGAUAAAGAAGAAAUGGAUGAAGAUAAGAAAUCCACUGAAAUGUGGUUGGAGAGUCAGACUUGGAUUAAAGAUUUCAAAAGAUCGAUGAUUCAAGUCAGUGAUAGAAGUCUAGAAGAAACUGAAAGAAUUAACAAAGAGCAAAUUGAAUUACAAAAAAAAUAUUCUUUAUCAACAGUUUCAGGAGCGGGCGAUGUUGAGAUGGAUCUAAAUCCAUUGUCAGUCAAAGAACAUUACUUAUACAAACCAAAGGACAUGACCCUUUCUUUCGAAUUAAGAGAAUGUUAUAAGCUUGGUGAAUAUCUAUUCCAGCCCAAGACUGCAAACGAACAAUUCAACAAUGAAGACGGUAUUGGCGAACUAAUCAAUAGAUCUAUAUUAACAGCCACAACUGCAGCCACAGCAUCUAACAACAAUAGUGUUGGCAUACAAAACAGCAACAUCUCAAUGAUCACCAAGACACCGAGUGGAUCGAUCUUAAACAGCACGGCGAACAGUGACUCUGCAAACAAUGAUUACACAUCUAGCAUUGAUAUCAUGAACAGCACUAGUAUCUCGACGGAGAGUGUUAACAAUUUAGUUACUAAUAUAAUAAUAAAAGGCAGCACAUCCUUGAUUACCGGUAUUGAAACCAGAAUUAUAAAUGAAAUCUCCAUGAAAUUUCCUAACCAUAAAAUCAGUGUAUUUGCAAAUCAAAUAUUAAAUGACAGGAUUUUACAAAGUUGGUUAAGUUGCAGUGUCAUUUUAAAACUAAGUGAUAUCGCCAUUGGUAUGGGCAACGAACUUUACUGCAAAGAAGACUACGAGAAGAAGCUGAGCUUAGCAAACAAGAAUUACAGCAAGAGCACUUGA